UAGCGAACCAAGUUGGACUCGGUUUCGACAGACACAGCUUUAUUACCCGUGGAGGAUACGCUACGGGGAUUCUGAACUUUGAGCAAUUUCUUUCUUCUUGAGUUAAAUUACUUAGCGUUUAGUUUUAUUUUCCCAUGGUACCGAUGUUUAAGUAGGUGGUCAAUCAGAGGCAUGCUAACUAACGUUAGCUGAAGCUAGCUGGACCUUUACAGUUUACCUUAACGCUUUGAUAGUCUGCGGUUAAUGCAACGUUAGCACAAUGUUGACUGAACUAUUACAAGGCUCUGAUGCUGGAGGGUUUAUCAUCAUUCGAGAUUCUGCUAGUUGUUCUGGUAGACACCUCCUGAAGAGCUUCAUCAAUGCUGCACUGAACAGGGAGGAAGAUGUCCAUGUCCUUGGCUUUGAGGUCAGUGAGGAAGAGCUGAAAGGAUCACCUGUUCAAAGGCUACACUUUCACAAUGCUUAUUCAGACCCCCUCGGCUGGACUGAUAAACCGACUUUUACAGUCCACCAGUUCUGUAUGGAGGAACUUGCGCGUCUGCUCAAGCAAACAUCCCACCCCAAACCAGCUACCUUAGUGAUUGACUCUCUGUCAUGGAUUUUGAGACACGUCAGUCCUCCUGCUGUCUGCGCGACCCUUCAUCAACUUCGAAAAGGGGGAGCUGUGAGAGCUAUUGUCGCUCUGCUUCAUGGGGAUAUGCAUCAGAGGGGUACUGUGGGAAGUGUGUGCCACUUGGCCUCUUCAGUCAUCACAGUAGCACCCGGGAUGAAGGGCGGCGACGCGGUGGCAAAGAUAACAAAGCGCUCGAAAUCGGGGAAGGUUGUGCAAGACGAGGAUAUUUUCACCAUAAACAAUGAUCUAACAGUAGUAAUACAGAGCAAGCAUAGUCAAGUUGGACACAAACAGGCUGACCCUGAGGAACAGGAGAUGGACCCUACGGCACACUUGACCUUCAAUCUUCGACUGUCAAAUAAAGAGCGUGAGGCCAAAGAGAAACUUGCGCUACCUUUUGUCUUCAGCAAAGAGAAGAAAACGGCUCUGCUCCACUCAAGCCCAGGCUCAGGACGAAUUCUGUAUGAGCCUGAUGCCAACGAUGACUACGACCAGGAGGACCCUGAUGAUGAUCUUGACGUGUAGGCUUCUGGAACCAAACCCGCUGAAGAAACAGAGGAUCCACGUUGCCUGUCAUCCUCGCUGAUCAAGACACUGAGUCGUUUUCAGUGGGGAAGAUAAAAAAUAUUUGAUGCCAUCUGGAAGGUAUUAAAUAAUGUAAAAUAUCUCUGUAAGAAAGCUUUAUUAUGUAUAUUAAAUGAGUUUUAUCCAAACGUGUUUGUUAUAUUAUUGAGUACCUUGCCUUGGAAAAAUGUGGUUGGAUAAAGCUAGUUUUUGUAAUUCAUAAGUUAAUAACACACUGAUUUCUUCAUAAAAUGUAGUGCUGUACAUUUGGUUGUGGAAUCUCAGAUCCAAGCUAUAGCAACAUUAUCUUUACACAGUGAUUAGUUGCAUUAUUUCCCAAAAUAAAUAUGCUGGGUCACAUUUUUUUUGAAAUGAUACAAUAGAAAUAAAAUUCUGUUACACUUG